AUGCUCGCGACUGUGACUCCAACGUUGACAGACUACUUUCAAACCGUCUCCGAUGUCUCCUGGUACGAGACGGCAUAUGUUCUCAUGGUUUGCGUGUUCAUCCCGCUGGCCGGAAAGGCGUACACUGUAUUCUCGAACAAACACGUGUACCUUGUUUCCAUGGUGAUUUUCCAAGUAGGAAGCUUAAUAUGUGCCCUUGCUCGGUCUAGUGGCGUCUUCAUACUCGGGAGAACAAUCAACGGCCUGGGGUCGACCGGCCUCUUAAGUGGUGCCCUGCUCAUCAUUCUCACGACUUGCCCGCCCAACAUCCGACCGGUUGUAACGUCCACCGCUAUGGCACUCAUUUCCGUCGGAGCUACAACGGGACCCCAGAUUCCCGGCGCCUUGACCGAUCAAGUAGGUUGGAGGUGGUGCUUCUGGAUCUUCCUACCUAUUGGCGGCGCCACCAUGCUAACCACACUAUUCGUGCACAUCCCCGAGCCGACCGCGAAGCCUCCUUUAAUCAAGGUGAUAUCAGAGCUAUAUACCCUGUUCGACCCUAUGGGCUUUGCGAUUUUCGCCGGCGCAACUGUGAUGCUUAUCCUAGCGAUUACCUGGGGAGGCUCAGAAUACACAUGGUCCUCUUUAGUGAUCAUCGGGCUACUAUGUGGCUCUGCUGGCGCAACAGUGCUGCUUGCUUAUUGGCUCGUUCGCCACGGGGAUGCAGCACUGAUCCCUCCAAGCUGCCUGCGUUAUCAAUCCGUUUCUUUCGGGGGAGGGGUCAUGCUUCUGGGUGAUACUCCCACCGAGAGUGCGGUCUAUAUUCUUCCGUCUCUGUUGUUAAAUAUUAUUGCCUUGAUCACGUUCGGGGCACUUGUUCGAAGGUUCCUCUAUCUCCCACCAUGGAGUAUCCUCAGAUCUAUGGUCAGCGCAAUCGGUUCAGGCCUCUUGUCAACCGUCAACCCAGACACACCCAUGGCUAAGCUAAUCGGGUAUCAAAUCAUCACCAGCAUAGGCCGAGGGAUGGCACAUCAAGUCCCCGUGACUGCCGUCCAAGAAGAAGUACCCAGCAAGGACAGCGCAACAGCACUCGCCGUCGUCAACCUCCUCAUGAGCCUCGGUAGCUCCGUGGGUAUAUCAGCUGGCCAGACUAUAUUUCGCAACAGCCUCUCAGCGCUUCUGCUAGAGUAUGCGCCGGGCGUCAAUCCUGUAUUAAUAAUCAACGCCGGAGCGACUGAGAUUCGAGACCUGGUUGAGCCCUCGCAAAUAUCCGGGCUUAUUAUUACGUAUAGCGAGGCGCUGGUUAGGAUAUUUGAUCAUAUCGUUCGUGGUACGCUUUAA